AUGGCGGACAAGACGAUCGUUCCCGAUCCGGAUGUGUUUUUGGUGACACAGGACUAUACUCCUGACUGGCAGUCCCUUCUAAGAUACCAAACGCUGAAACGGACCGAGUCUUUUGUUCCUUCGGAUGAGCAGCAAUUCGAAGCAUACGAAGCCGGGCAUAUCACGGCUAUGCUCAUGGAGUCUGAUCGGCCCAACCCGCUAUUCAGGGCGCCAGUAGGAUCUCACCCACAGCACAUUCUGGAUAUCGGAACCGGAAAGGGUUCUUGGCCAAUCGAUGUUGCCGAUAUUUUCCCCAGUGCAACUGUCAGAGGCGUCGACCUCUAUCCGCCCCCUGUCACUUGGAUGCCCCCGAAUUGCAUUCUUGAGGUUGACGACGUGCUACAAGAGUGGACUUGGCAACAGCCGUUUGACUUGAUUCACAUGCGUAUCAUGGAUGCGGCUUUUACCGCCGAAGAGCGGGAGAGACUAUAUGAACAGUGUUACAAAAAUCUCCGCCCUGGUGGCUGGAUAGAACAACUGGAGUUGUCACCCGAAUUCAUGUGCGACGAUGGAAGUCUUCCUUCGGAUAGUCCUGCCGCUCAUUUGGGGAAACUCUGUAUCGAAGCUGCAGAGAAAUCUGGCCGCACAAUGGAUUUAUACCACAAUUGCGAAAAACUGAUCGAGAAAGCCGGGUUCACUGACGUUCAUGUCCAUGAAUGCAAAUGGCCACUUGGCCCUUGGGCACGAGACAAGGUGCUUAAAGAAGUUGGAACGGUCAACCUUGCUCAUUGGUCAGCCGGAAUGGAGGGAUAUGCUAUGUAUCUGCUGACAAAAUACGGGGAGCCGCAGCCAUGGUCGAAAGAAGAAGUUAUGGUCUACGUUGCAAAAGUCAGGAAGGAUCUGGCUAAUCCCCGUCACCAUGUCUAUCAUAGAGCGAAGCGAGUAUGGGCUCAGAAGCCCGUGUCAGACGCCAAGGAGGAUACUGCGACACCGGAGAUCAAAACAGAACAGACGGACUAG